AAUCCUUAGACCCUUGUCGCAAGUAAAAACUCGAGGUCGCUUCAUCGGCUCUUAGGUGUGAGCUUCGAUAUUUUUUUUGUCCACUUUGCCUGGCAAUGGACACAAAAGCGCCGACCGAGACGCAGGUCGCGCCUCUCAGCGGCGAGCCACCAGCCCCCAAGACCCGCUGGGAGCGCAUCGAGGCGGUCAUCUGGGAUGGCGGGUAUCGCUCCAAGGAGGAGAAGAAACUGGUGCGCACUUUGGAUAUUUUCAUCAUGAGCUGGGCAACAUACGGCUACUUCGUGCGCCUGCUUGACUCGGGCAACAUCACAAAUGCCUACGUCUCGGGGAUGAAGGAGGAUCUGAACUUUCAUGGCAAUCAGUACAAUUUGCUCACGACGUUCUUUACGUGUGGAUAUCUCAUUGGGCAGAUCCCGUCGCAGUUUCUGCUCACACGAGUUCGCCCAUCCUACUACAUCCCCACCGUCGAACUCCUCUGGUCAAUCGUGACCUUCUGCUUCGCAUCCGUCAAGAACGUCAAAGCCGUCUUCGCCCUGCGCUUCAUCAUCGGCAUGCUCGAGUCCCCCUUUGCCGUCGGCGUCCUAACAAUCAUGGGGAGCUGGUACACGCCCCGAGAACUCUCCAAACGCAUCGCAAUCUUCUACUCGGCCAGCUACGCCGCAAGCAUGUUCAGCGGCUACCUGCAGGCCGGCAUCUACAGCGGGAUGGACGGGCACCUGGGCCUGCCCGGGUGGCGGUGGCUGUUUAUCUUCUGCGGGGUGAUAUCCGUUCCGGCGGCCAUGUACGGGUAUUUUGCCGUUCCCGAUAAUCCGUAUAACUGCAAGGCGCGGUGGCUUGCGCCGGAGAAGCUCGAGCAUGCGAGGGCGCGCAUGGAGGAGAUUGAUCGGCGGCCGCCGGCGCGCUUGACCGUGCAGAAGGUCAAGGGGAUUUUUUCGACGUGGAGGAUGUAUUGCAUGAUUGCGGCGUUGAUCUUCCACUGCGUCGCCACGCAGCCCCUAAACUACUUUGCCGUCUGGCUGAAGAGUCUCGACCGCUUCACCGUGUACCAGAUCAACCUCUUCCCGACAGCCGCGCAGGCCUGCGGCCUCGUCACGACGUUGCUGUACUCGUGGUUGUCUGAUGGACUUGGUGGGAAGCGAUGGCAGCUUCUUUGUGUUCCUGCUAUAAUCAACCUCAUCGGAAUGAUCAUCCUCGCCGUCGGCCCAAACUACGGCGCGACGUUUCUGGGGUACAUGCUCAAUGCGGCGUCGUGGGGGUAUUGGCCUGUUCUCUACGCCUGGGCCAGCGAAAUCUGCCACAAAGACGCCGAAGAGCGCGCGAUCGUCAUUGGCGUCGCGCAGACGUUUGGGCAGGCGUUUGUUGCUUGGGUUCCUGUCGUCAUCCUCGACACGGGCAAAUACGCGCCGAAAUUCACAAUGGGAUAUAGUAUCAUGUGUGGCGUGAGCGCGCUACAGUUUGCAAUGAUUUUUGUGUUGAGGUAUUUUGUUAAUCGGCAGAAGGAGCUUGAUGCUGCUGCUGCUUCUGCUGCUAGUGCGACGGCUUCUAGUUCUGAUGGUGAUUUGUCUGAUACUGGGGUGGAGGGGGUCUCAACUACGCCCGUUAACGCCAACAAGGGGGGCUUUCCGUCGAGGGGCGACGGCGUCUAGGAGGAGAUGUUGGAGGCGUUGUGCGUGGGAUCAAGUGGAGAAGAUCUGGUGUGCUUCGACAACAUGGUUGGCGGCGGCGACAUGGAAUCUGAUAUGAUAGGCGUGAAAGAAGACGACAUGGAGGCUAUAAUUGUGCAUUUGCUAGUCGUCGUGAUGAUCAGAUAAGACUGGUCGAAUUCUUGCAGCAGAGCUUAGCUUAUCCCUUCCGGAACCUGGUAUAGGUGUAGGCGUGUCUAGGAGCGCGAGUCAUGUUAGUUGUCAUACCCUGUUUCAAUGCGUGGGAACUUAUCUCGAGCGGCCGACUCUCGGAGCAUGGCGCCGCAGAGC